CGCCCGCUGCCCCAGCCCCUCUCUGCCUCUGGCCGCCCUCAUCCUCGUCCUCGUCCUCCCCGGGCCCCUGCGAGGACACCCCGCUUUCAUUCCUUCCUUCAUCUACAUGUCUGGCCCUUCGGUUAGUGCAUCUCUGGUUGGAGGCCCAGCAAUAUCAGCUUUUCCCCUAACCGUGGUGAAGAACAGUUCGGGAAUUUUGCCUAGUUGCGGAUCUCAGAAUAAUGGAACAGACAAAUGGAAUUUGACAGUGACUCCUGGAACGAAAGUGCAGGAAGUGACUGUACAAUUGAAUCAGAAUCUACAAUCUUGUUCCUCCAAAGAGACAGAUUUCUUCACAGAAUUGCCUUGUAUUGUUGAAACACUUCUGGUUUCUGCCUUCUACAGAUCUUCUUGUAUAGCAUACUUACUCAUUCAAGCAGAAAUCCAUGCCAACUCAUCCCUUCUUCAGAAUGUAUCAGAAAGCAUGACUGUGAUUCCUAAUCAGGUUUAUCAGCCCCUUGGCUCAUGUCCUUGUGAUUUGACAGCUGGGGCCUGUGAUGUUCGGUGCUGCUGUGAUCAGGAAUGCACAUCAGACUUAAAGUUAUUCGAACAGUUCUGCAUUACAGGAGUUUUUGGAGGUAAUGUAAAUCCUCCUUUUGACCAGCUGUGUUCAGCUCAAGCCAGAAAUGACGUCCCUGAUUGGUUUCCAUUUUUGUGUGUGCAGUCUUCCCUUGAAAACACACCGUUUCUUGGUUACUUCUAUCACGGUUCUAUUCUCUUCUUCCCCACCACUGAUAUAAAGGACCUUUCCGAUUUUGGUUACAAGCAAGGAGACCCAAUUAUGACUGAAGACAAAGAAUAUUUCACCAUUCCUCAGAUAUCCAUGUUUGGGCAAUGUAUCAAAAAUGCCCCAGUGGCAUUUCUUCAGAAUUUUGAUGUUAAAUGUGUUACUAAUUUGGUUGAAUACAAGGAAGGGCUUAUCAAUGUGAGGAUAAAAAGUGGCACCAUAGGAGAUGCUGUCAUCCCCAAAAUAACUUAUGAAGAAAUAACUGAUUUAAGCAAGUUCAUCACUAGUACAGAAACAUUUCAGAAAUUUGGGUCAUCUGAAAAAAAUGUGAACUUGGAAGAACACUAUAUUUUCAGAUGGAAAAACACUACAAUCAGUGAAAUAAAUGUCAAAGUUGUCUUUGCAAAAGUGAAUGUCGAUCAAAAAGGGUUGUUGACACAAAGAUUUACUGUAAAAUUUUUAAAUUUCAAUGGUGUGAAUGAGCAAGAAUUCUCUGGAAAUCCAGGUUACCAGAUUGGAAAACCUGUUAGAGCACUAAACACCAACAGUGUGGAUAACAUUACUACUUUAAACCUUUGGCAUCCAGCUGCCAGUGGUUUGUGUACAUCAGCAGCUUUUACACCAGUUUUAUUUGGAGAAAAUGCAUUAUCCGGUUGCCAUUUGAAAGUUGGCAUUAAUGAAAAUUGCACUCAGUUUAGGGAGAACGUCACUGAAAUACUUAAUUCAUUAGUUCAAGUAACUCAUGUUGCAAUGAGAGGCAACUCAAAGUACGAAAGACUCAGCGAUGGCUGGUUGGAAAUAAUACAUACACGAUUUACUGAUGCAAAGCCAAGUACUGGAAAUUUGAGUGGCAUCUGCCCAGAUAUUCCUACAGUGCUGAAUAUCCGUGUCCUCUUUGCUGAUGCUGGGGCUGUAGAAGGCAUUCCACAGCAAGAAAUUCUUGGUGUGGAGACCAGAUUUUCAACAGUUACCUGGCGAUAUCAUUGUGAAAUCACCUGUGAAGAUCAAUUCAAAUAUUUUCCUCUUAGUGCAUCAGUUCAGUUUAUCAAAAUACCUGCUCAGACACCUCAGCCACUAACAAGUUUUCAGAUCAAUUUUACAGAAUAUGACUGCAAUCGAAAUGAAGUGUGCUGGCCACAUCUUGCUUACCCACUGACCCAGUAUUAUACAGGAGAGCCUAUUCUCAGUGUAUUGCCAAAAGUUUGCUGUUGGCUUCUUUCUUCAUAGUAGCACAUUUUAAGCAAUCCAUGGAAGAGAAUCUGCAAAACUUGGAAUUCACCUGCUAUCUGACUUUGAAGUAUAUUUUUGCCCAGCUCCUUCAAUGCUUUGCUAAAGUUUCGUGUACAGUUUUGUAGAGUUUUACUAAAUGAAAUGUUUUUAACGGUGUAUACAAUUGUUUUUGAAAUGUAGAAAUGUACAUAUAUGAACGGUGAUGAUCUAUAAUUGCUGUUAUAAAAAAGGAGGUGAACUGUA